CAACUGUUGAAUUCACCAUGUCCAAUGACGCAGCUGGUGCAAAAUUGUGUUCCGUAGAUUUUGAGAUAUUUGGCCAUGUCCAAGGGGGAAGUAAAUGGAUGUUCUGGGUUUGAGCAUAAAGGUUCACUUUUAUAUACCGGGGUCUGUUUCAGAAUGUACACAGAAAAGGAGGGUCUGAGACUGGGUCUGUGUGGCUGGGUGAAGAACACCAACAAGGGCACUGUGGUCGGUCAGGUUCAGGGGCCUGCAGACAUGAUCCGAGAGAUGAAGGUGUGGCUGAGUAAGGAGGGGAGUCCCAGCUGUCGCAUCACCCGAGCCUCGUUCUCCAAUGAGAGAUCCAUUGACAAGGUGGAGCUCUUUGGCUUCAAGACACGCUUCUGAGGAACUCCCUUCAUCCAACGCCACUCUAACCACACCCUCUCCAGUGCUUUUACCACAUCAGUGUUACCUACUGUCUCAGUGGGUAGUAUCCUUCCCCAUACCACCUUAUGUUUCUGAAUGUAUGGUUUCCUACCCAACGUUUCUGAAAAAUAUAUUCAAAAAUGUUAAGCUUUGAAAUUGUGACAUUUUCUUAUGUACAAGCUCAUCCAAAUAGUUGCUCAUCCAAAAGUUGUUGUUUUUUCUCAUAAAUGUAUUCCCCGUCUGAACAUUUUGAAUGUUACAUUCAGGCUGGCAGAGCAGCAUCUAUUGUCAUGCAGCGUUGUGCUUUGCAGAUUCUCAAUGCUUUUCUUCAAAAAAUGUAAUGCAAUAAAAAAAAACUUUCAAGCUCUA